AUGAUUCCCGCUUUGAUGCUCGGGCUGACUCUGGUCGCCACCGCCGCCUAUGGAGCAGUUCUUCCACGCUCGGGAACGUUCCAACACCCCGGUCUCCUCCACACCGACGCUGAUUUUACUAGAAUCAAGUCGAAGCUUGCCACCAACUCUCAGCCUUGGGUCAGAGGCUAUGAGACUUUAGUGAACAACACCAACUCGCAGCUGGGCUACGUCGCAUCUCCUGUCGAGAACCUAUGCCGUGGUUCAAACGCCGGCUGCACCGAAAACUACAGCAAUGCCUUCCGAGAUUUUGCGGCUGCAUACCAACACGCUCUUCGCUGGAAGAUCAGCGACGAUGUCGCCUACGCUGAAGAAGCCGUUGAAAUUGUGAACGCCUGGUCAUCUACGAUGAAGACCAUCAACGGGGCGAGUCCAGACCGGUACUUGGCUGCCGGGAUCUAUGGCUACCAAUUGGCAAACGUUGUCGAACUGCUCAGAGCUUACUCAGGAUUCUCUGGUCAAAAUCUGACUGCAGCCAUUCGCUUGCUCAACGAAGCCUUCCUCCCGAACAAUGUCGACUUUUUGACUCAACACAGCACGUAUGGUCCCGACGACGUGCACUUUUGGGCCAACUGGGAUCUGUGCAAUUACGGCUCUGCGCUGGCUAUCGGCAUCGUCUCGGACAAUCAGACGACGUACGAUUUCGCCAUGGACUACUUCCACAACGGCAAGGGGCGCGGCUCCAUCGGCAACUAUCUGUGGAAGACCUACGAUGACUAUACCGCGCAAGGACAAGAGGCGGGGCGCGACCAAGGACAUGCCAUGCUUGACCUUGCUCUGAUCGGACCUUUUGCGACCGCUGCAUUCAAUCAGGGAGAUGACGUCUGGGCCUACAACGACAGCGUGAUCCUCAAGGGUGCUGAAUAUGCAGCCAAGUACAAUCUUGGAAACGACGUCAGUUAUACGCCUUACCUCGCGAUCGACUCGUCUGGAAAGGUGGUCUACAACCAGACAACGAUCUCGAACGUCAGUCGCGGCGACAUCAGACCUAUUUGGGAGAUGUUUUACAACGAGUACGUGGUGAAACGCAAGCUUCCUGGCACCUACACCAAGCUGUAUGCAGACAAGGUACGUGCAGCCAACGGUGGAGCCGAAGGGGGCGGAGGAGACUACGGCCCAAACAGCGGCAACUAUGACCAGCUCGGCUUCGGAACACUCAUGUUCACGCUCGACGGAAGCGAUGCCGAGACGCAGUAG